UCAGAACACGAAGACACGGGACGGGAAGAGGCGCAGAGGAAUAAAAGAAACAAGAUGGCAACGGGUUCAGAUCACGGGUUGAAGAGAAUAGUGUGGAAAAGAAUAAAAGAUACAAUUAUAACAGACUGCAGGAAAUCUGAAGUAUGGAAGAUAUUGAUUCUGGACUCUUUCACCACCAAACUCCUCUCAUCAUGCUGCAAAAUGUCAGAUCUGAUGUCAGAGAAAAUAACGAUUGUGGAGGACCUUUUCAGAAGCAGAGAGCCUGUUCCAGAAAUGAAGGCCAUCUACUUCAUGGCACCAACGGCUAAGUGUGUGGAUGCCUUUAUUGCUGACUUCAAGCCCAAACCUAAAUAUAAAGCAGCAUAUGUUUAUUUCACUGACUACUGUCCCGAUGACCUGUUUAACAACAUGAAGCGGUGCUGUGGAAUGUACAUACGAGUCUGUAAGGAAAUCAACAUGUCCUUCAUGCCACAAGAGGCACAAGUGUUCACAUGUAAUAAUCCGGGGGCUUUCCAAAGCAUCUACAGUCCCAAAAGUCAGGACAAACAGAAGACACUGGAGACACUGGCAGACCAGCUCGUCACGCUCUGUGCCACGUUGGACGAGUACCCGGGGGUUAGAUACAAGAAAGACAGCAACAUGGAGAACGCCAAGACCCUUGCAGAGCUGGUGGACGACAAACUGGCCAGACACUACGAGCUGGAUGACAGCGGCAAAAAAAAGGAAAAGACCCAGGCCCAGCUGCUGAUAUUGGAGAGAGGUUUUGACCCCGUCAGCCCCAUCCUGCAUGAGCUGACCUAUCAGGCCAUGGCUUACGACCUCGUUGAUAUCCAGAGCGACACCUACACGUGCAAGACUAAAGAUGGCCCAGAAAAGCAGGCUUGGCUGAAUGAGGACGACAUGCUCUGGGUUAAGCUGAGGCACAAGCACAUUGCUGAGGUCUCAGAUCAAAUCCGCAAGUUGGUAAAGGAAAUAUCUGCCAACAAGAAACAGUCAGAUGGGAAGAUCACAAUUAGUAAUUUGGCCCAGAUGAUGAAGAAGAUGCCCUCAUUCCGUAAACAGGUGACUGAGAAAACUGUUCAUCUGCAGUUGGCCGAGGACUGCAUGCAACAUUUCCAAAACAAUGUGGAGAAACUCUGCAAAGCUGAACAGGACCUUGCAGUUGGGUCAGACGUAGAGGGGGUGAAGGUGAAAGAUCCCAUGAGGACUCUGCUUCCAGUGCUGCUCCACCCAUACAGCACCCACGACAAGAUCAGAGCUGUGCUGCUCUACAUCUUCAGCGUCAACGGAACAACAGACGAGAACUUAAGCAAACUCAUUCAGCAUGUAAAGAUCGAGGACGAGCGAGAGUUUAUCCUGAACUGGAAGGAGCUUGGGGUCCCUAUCAUCACAUCGUCCAGUUUCUUCUCUCGCAAAACAACCAGACGCGAUCGUUCCCAGGAUCAGACUUACAACCUUUCCAGAUGGACUCCUGUCAUAAAAGAUGUGAUGGAGGAUGCCGUGGAGAACAAACUGGACACCAAAGAGUGGCCACACCAGUCUGAGUGUCCUGCUGCCUGGAAUGGCUCAGGGGCUGUCAGUGCCCGUCAAAAGCACAAAGGCAGUGCUCAGGACGAACGCCGGACCGGCUCUCGCCUCAUUGUUUUUGUUCUCGGAGGAAUCAGCCACUCUGAGAUGCGCUGUGCCUACGAGGUCACCCAGGCAGUUAAAUCCUGCGAGGUCAUCAUAGGGUCUUCUCACAUUUUGACCCCGACUGGUCUCCUGAAUGACAUCAAGGCUUUGAGCAAAGCCCCCAUGGAGACUUUUACAAUAGAGGAAAGGAGCAACGCCUGAGAGGUCCAACUUAACACCUCGCCAAAUUCGCCUGCCUUCCUACAGCUAAAAUCACUCAGCACAGUGCACUCAACUCAACUUCCAGAAUGGAACACUGAAGGGAAUUUACUUUAUUCUUAUCUUUAUGUUUUAAUACUCUUUCCAAACUGGCUGCACUUACGGUAGGGAUGAGGACAAAUUAUUUUUUAACCAAAUCAACAACUAAGUUUAUGGCCUGUUAAUGGCAUAUGUAAGUUGCUGAAUGUCAUUUAAUUAAAUCAAUUAUAUUAAAAGUGAAUUGACCUCAUCCUACUAUAAACUUUAAAAUGUCUAAUCUGCCUAUCAAGGGUUGCGCUGUCCAACAAAGAGAUUCUUGUUAUAUGUUUAAAGUCUCAGAGACAGAAUGGUGAAAGAAGUAGCUCAAAGCUAAUGUAUAUACUGUAUGUAAGCACUGAGUCCCUGCUGUGUCAUUCUGACUUUUUCUGUCUCACUUUAUGUCAUUUUGAAGAGUGUUUUUAACAUAGAGUAUUUACGUUUUUGUUAAUUAAACAUCUGACUAAUAAAUGGUUGAAGUGGUCCAAAUUCUAUUAACAAUUACGGUUAAUGUUGUGGAUUGGAACUUAAAAUUACCUAAAUUAAGACCUGGUUCUAGAUAUUCAACUUGCAUUUACCUUGAUCCAUUAAACAUUAAGAACUCAGGAAUGUUAUUCUGAUACAUAUGCUUGCAAACUGUUUGCUUAGGGUGAAUCAUUUGUUAAAAGAAGGAUGGUAAAAGUGCUUAAUCUAUUUCAUCGAAACAGCAGUAACUUAAUAUUCAUAACAAAAAAAAAUUAUAAACACAAAACCACAUGUUCAAUACACAUCCAUCCAUCCAUCCAUCCAUUGGCUUCCGCUUAUCUGGGGCUGGGUCACGGGGCAGCAGGCCAAGGAGGGUAUUACGCUUUCCAGCUCCUCCUGGGGAACCCAGAGGCGUUCCCUGGCCACACAACAUAUGUAAUCUCUCCAGCGUGAUCUGGGUCAUCCCCUUCUUAGGUUGAGACCAAAACGAUUCAGUAUGGGUGAGAAAAAUACUACAACACUGAGAGUUCUCUGUUUGACAGGUGAGGCGUUGUAAGGAGUUAUUGCUUUGGGCAGGAAACAUUUCCUGUAUUGUUCUAUGCAAAACUGAAUCAGUCGCUCAGAGACAUAGCUGUGCUGAGCUCAGCUUCCUUCAACAUCUUGCUGCACUCGUUGAAAGAUUUCAGCUUACUCAGGAAAUAAAGUGCACUCAUCCCUAUCUCGCAUACAGCCUCAGUAUCGGUCUUCAAGUUCAUUAUGUAUGCCCGGGUUUUUGUUGUCCUCAACCACA